GGUUGGACCAUCGCCGCCACCUUCAAGCUGCUCGAAUUUCCAUGACUCGACACAAAUCUGUUUGACAGCGUGAAGUAAAGUUGAAAACACAAAAGCCUCUCGGAGCGGUCAGUGCAAAUAAAUUGGUGCAAAUUUUUGUAAAAUCAUCCAUUUUUCGUGAACCUAGAACGUUUAAAAAUGGUAACCCAAGCAGCGGAACCUGCUCCGGCCAUCCAGGAUGUGGAAAUGGAGAGUGCCGAAGAUGUGGAAGCAGCGAAAAAGGACGCAGAACUGCUGACGGUGCAGGAGAUUCGUGAACACGCAAGGCAGAUCGACAAAGCGGUCGCCAGUAAGGAACCGAGGUUUAUUCUGCGUGUGCUGAGGUCACUUCCGAACACCCGCCGGAAGCUGAGUUUGGUGGUGGUGAGGUCAUUGGCUGUGCAGUUGUUCCCAGCUGGGGCCGAACGGGAGGGAAUCAUGGCGUAUAUCGAGGACUAUCCGGAGGGAAUGCAGGAACCGGAGAUGCCCAGACCGAGGGCCGCUAUCAAGAGUCCCCUACCCGAGGUUGACGCUUAUUUCCAUUUGCUUUUGUUGGUGAGACUUUUGGACAAGAAUGAACUGGCCAAGGCGGCCAAGUGUUCCCAGGACUUGAUGGCCAAAAUCGUUGGACAGAACAGAAGGUCUUUGGAUUUGAUUGCUGCCAAGAGCUACUUCUAUCAUUCAAGGGUAGCUGAGCUGAAUGGGGAUUUGGAAAGCAUUCGAGGAUUCUUGCAUUCGAGACUGAGAACUGCUACGCUGAGGAACGAUUUCGAAGGCCAAGCGGUGCUGAUUAACUGUCUGUUGCGCAACUAUUUACACUAUUCGCUGUAUGACCAGGCGGAUAAACUGGUCAACAAAUCCGUUUUCCCCGAAACGGCUAGCAAUAAUGAAUGGGCUCGUUUCCUGUACUAUUUGGGGCGCAUAAAGGCUGCCAAGUUGGAUUACAGUGCUGCUCAUAAGCAUUUGGUGCAAGCUCUGCGCAAAGCUCCCCAGCAAGCAGCCGUUGGUUUUCGUCAAACCGUUCAAAAGUUGGUCAUCGUCGUUGAGCUCCUCCUGGGAGAUAUUCCGGAGAGACAGGUCUUCCGACAGUCCGCCUUGCGCCGUUCUUUAGGACCAUACUUCCAGCUGACUCAAGCCGUUCGCAUGGGAAAUUUGCAACGCUUCGGAGAAGUCCUAGAAAAUUUUGGCGACCAGUUCCGCCAGGAUCACACUUUUACUUUGAUUAUCCGUCUCCGUCAUAACGUCAUCAAAACGGCUAUCCGCUCGAUUGGACUGUCCUACAGUCGUAUCAGCCCUCAGGACAUUGCCCGUAAGUUGGGACUAGAUUCGCACGAGGAUGCCGAAUUUAUCGUGGCCAAGGCCAUCCGUGACGGAGUCAUUGAGGCCACUUUGGACCCGGAGAAAGGAUACAUGCGCAGCAAGGAAAGCACGGACAUUUACUCGACCCGUGAACCGCAGCUGGCGUUCCAUCAACGCAUCACUUUCUGCCUGGAUUUGCACAACCAGAGCGUGAAGGCCAUGCGAUAUCCACCGAAGUCCUACGGGAAGGAACUGGAGAGUGCCGAGGAACGUCGCGAACGCGAACAGCAAGACCUGGAAUUGGCUAAGGAGAUGGCCGAGGAGGACGAUGACGGUUACUAAGCCACUAAGGAAGGGAGGCACACUUUUGUAAGUUGAGGAAGAAUUAUACUUAUGCGUACGUUUGAAUUUACCUAAAUUUAUGAUUGAUAAUACAAUAAAAUACAAACUUAUCGAAA